AUGGAAUCAAGGAACCUAACAAAUGUUUCAGAAUUUCUUCUUCUGGGACUUUCAGGGGAACCAGAACUACAGCCCCUCAUAUUUGCACUUUUCCUCCCCAUGUACCUGAUCACUGUGUUUGGAAACCUGCUCAUCAUCCUGGCCACCAUCUCUGACUCCCACCUCCACACACCCAUGUACUUCUUCCUCUCCAACCUGUCCUUUGUAGACAUCUGUUUCAUCUCCACCACCGUCCCAAAGAUGCUGUGGAACAUUUACACCCAGAGCAAAGUAAUAACCUAUGAAGGCUGCAUUAUCCAGAUGUAUUUUUUUGCACUGUUUGUAGGGUUGGAUGACUUUCUCUUAACAGUGAUGGCCUAUGACCGCUUCGUGGCCAUCAGCCGCCCCCUGCACUACACAGUCAUCAUGAACCCUCAGCUCUGUGAAGUUCUGGUUCUGGUUUCCUGGAUCAUCAGUAUCCUGCAUUCCUUCUUACAAACCUUAAUGGUGUUGAGGCUGUCAUUCUGCAGAGAAGUGAUAAUCCCUCACUAUUUCUGUGAACUCAAACAGUUGGUCCAACUUGCCUGUUCGGACAACUUUCUUAAUGACAUGGUGAUGUAUUUUGCAGUUGUCGUGCUGGGAGGUGCUCCCUUAGCUGGUAUCCUUUACUCUUACUCUAGGAUAGUUUCCUGCAUAUGUGGAAUCUCAUCAGCUCAGGGGAAGUAUAAAGCAUUUUCCACCUGUACAUCUCACCUCUCAGUUGUCUCCUUAUUUUAUUGUACAUGCUUAGGAGUGUACCUUAGCUCUGCUGCUACCCACAGCUCACACUCAAGUGCAAUAGCCUCAGUGAUGUACACUGUGGUCACACCCAUGCUGAACCCCUUCAUCUACAGUCUGAGGAACAAGGACAUAAAGACAGCUCUGAAAACAUUUUUUAGGAUGACAGCUAUAAGAAGGCCAUUUAUUCUGAGCUGA